AAACCCCGCCUCUUUAGCAUACACCUUACUCUAUGUGUAACAUUUAUGUGUGCUGUGAUGACCGCAUUCAUUGGUUGGGUUUGUUCCGGGUAGCAUCCGACCAAUAUCACACUGCAUACGAUCUUUCUAUGGAAAUGCCACAGUAAGAAGCAUACCCCUCCUCUUCCGCUAUUACAUCACGUGGCGUUACCCAUGUGUAGAAAUUGGCUCCUUCUCCGCCGGUUUUUUAAAAGACAACGCUGAUAGCAACUUGCUCUUCUUCCAUCAUUUAUUUUCCUGGCUGUCAAUUUCUGGAUACUAUGAGUGCAAUCCCAUCAAAGACUACCCGCGUGGCGGCUGUCCAAGCCGAGCCAGAAUGGAACGACUUACAAAAGGGAGUCGAUAAGACGAUUCGUUUAAUUCUAGAAGCUGGAAAAAAUGGUGCUAAUGUUAUGGGCUUCCCUGAAGUGUGGAUUCCUGGCUACCCAUGGAGCAUAUGGGGUCAGUCGGUCCAAGAUAACGUCGCUUUCAUGGACGAGUAUUUUCGAAACUCCAUGGAAAAAGAUUCGGAAGAGAUGACUCGUAUCCGUGCCGCCGUGAAGGAAGUUGGGCUCUUCUGUGUGUUAGGCUACAGCGAAAAGUUUCGAGGGUCUCUCUAUAUCGCCCAGUCGUUCAUUGAUGAGAACGGCGACAUUGUGCAUCAUCGCCGAAAAAUUAAGCCGACACACGUAGAGCGGAGCAUCUGGGCCGACAGCCAAGCUGAGUCUCUAAAGACCGUAGUUGAAAGCUCAUUUGGUAAUAUUGGAGGCUUGAAUUGCUGGGAACACACCCAGCCCUUGCUGCGCUACUACGAAUACGUGCAGGAUGUUGACAUCCACAUCGCCAGUUGGCCACCGACGUUUCCUAAGUGUGAUGAGAUGUCUUAUUCAAUGUCGAACACGAUGAGCGACCGUCUGACUCAAGUUAUGUCAAUGGAAGGUGCCUGCUUCACCGCUAUCUGCUCGCAAGUUGUCACAGCGGAGAAUCUCGUGAAAAUUAAAGCUGAUAAAUUGCGGUUUGUUAAAGCCCCCGGUGGUGGAUUCUCUAUGAUCUACGGGCCUACAGGCGAACCCUUGGUCGAUCGCCCCGACCCUGGACAAGAAAUUAUUCUGUACGCUGACGUGGACCUUCAACAGAAGGGGCGCGCCAAGCAAUAUUUGGAUGUUGUCGGCCACUAUUCUCGACCUGACUUGCUUGGCUUAAAAGUCAACUCUCAGCCAGCUAGCAAUGUCGAGUUCGCUUAGAAAACUUGGCCGUCGUAUAUGUUAACAGUAACGAUGUGGGAGGCUGUAAAUUGGGGUUUCCCAUUUUCUUUUGACUAUGGAGCCUUGGGGCAGUGUUAAAUCCGUAUCUAGGUGGUCUUAUAGCGCCCUAAAUAAAGGGAGGAGGGACUUUGGUGAGAGGGGAAGAUUAAUUUUGAUAUUUUUAUUAACGAUGUAGGGAUUUUUUAUCACUGAUUAGUAAUAAUAUAACUAAGGCAUUUCCAUUUCACAAUCACACACUACAAUUUUAGAC